AUGGAAUUGCAUAGAGCCAAAGACUUCCGAACGUACUUUCUGGCCAUCAUACCUGUUGUACUUUCGGUCAUCGCAUUCAUACUCAAUGCCAUAUAUACAAUAAUUCAAAUUAAAGCCUAUCGAACAGAAUCUUCAGGAUAUAGAAAGAGAUAUUGUUUUCUGCUGAGUCGCUCUCUCAGCACACUAAUGGCUCUCAUUCUUUUAUACAUAGUCAUAAUAGUUUGGAAAUCAGGAGGAUUUCAGUAUGCUACAGCAAUGAUUUUCAUGUUCGUUGGUUGCUUGUCGUUCCUCUCUAUAGCAGGAACUUACAUCGCCCUCUCUUGUUUGUUAUACACGGCCAUUGUACAUCCUAUUGUAUACAAGGUGGAUGUAACACUACGAUAUUGCUAUUAUUGUGUUAUUGGAGUUUGGGUCUUCUCGUUGGCAGCCUCGGUUUGUGUUGGAUUAUGGGGUGCGACGUUGUUCUAUCCAGACAGCUCUCCUGUGAAAUGUUCAUUCCGCAGUUGUCAAAAACCUCUGUCAAUAGUUAUUGUGAUCUCAUUAGCCAUAUGGUUUAGCUCUGUUCAAAUAAUUUAUGCUUUCCUAUGGGUUCGUUUAAGAAAUAGACAUAAUAAAGCCACUAUAGAAAGACAGUCGACUGUUAUUUCAUCUGAUAGUCAUGUUUCCUCCAGCUUACGGGCUAUGAACCGUUUGAGUCUUAACAUGAUUACUUUCGCAGUUGGUUCUGUUCCUAUCCUGAUAGUGUGCAUUGUGGCAUUGGCUAAUUUGAAAAAACUAAGUUCACUAGGAGAAGGUAAAAAGUCCCAUUGCAAAACCUACUUGAACAGUUGUUUGUUUAUUCAAGUUGAAAUCCUGGCCAGUAUUGCAGCAAUCGUUUGGCUGUUAGCAAUGAUUUUGGAUCCUAUAAUCAAUACUACGGCAGACCGGAAGCUUAUCGCUAUUUUGGCGAGUUGGUGGAAGUCGGUGAAGAAAUUAUUAUGCGCUAAAGACCAGACGGACUCUGCCAUUGUAUCUACGUCAUCAUCUUAA